AUGUCCUCCGACGAAUCCCUUUACCUCUCAUCUGCUGAUAACACCCUCGUCGACAAACGAAUGUCGCUCCCCAGUUACCUCCGCUCCCCCACCAUGUCAGAAGCAGGAGACUUCGAGGCUAUACUCCGUAACGAAGACACUCCCAUGCUCAGCGCGAGGGGACAAGAGUAUCGAAGAGAGGAAGCAGCAAGGAGGUAUCAGGCUCAAGUCGACGCUGACGCGGCAGAAGAAGCAGCUGCGGCGCAAACCCCCGGAUCCCCCGUCAUAGACAUAUCCACAUCCUCGUCAUCCUCCCCCUCGCCACCCCCUCUGAUCCGUGAAGCUAACGAAGGCGUUGUCUUCCCGGAUAGGGAAACUUACCUCACAACUCCCGUUGCGUACAUGAUGGGACUUAUUGAAGGAACGCCCAACACAGAGUUCGUGUCGGGACCAACUAGACCGGAGAUUCAGAGGGCGUUAGAGAUCUUGGAAGAAGAAAGGAGUUUCGUUCGACACGCACAGCGAGCUCUGCAGAUCAGAGAGGGCACGAUCAUCGCCCGUAUUAACGCUGGAGAGCGAAAACUCAUGGGCUUGCAGAACCUCCGAGACUCCUUUCAUCCUGCCGACGAUCCCACUCCCUCUACCGAGUAUCACAUGCCUACCACGGCUGUGGUAUCUCGUGCCUCGUCUUCGGCCUCAAAUGGUGCUCCGCUUCGCCCAAUGCCAGGGACUUACUCCACGAGGACCGACAGAGAACGGGAUGUAUAUCAAUUCGCACAAGUCUCCCCCCGCUAUCACAUCAUCCCCGCGUGUCUCGGCCUUAUCCGCUCCUCGACGAGAACUCGACCUCCCCUUCCCUUCACUGAAUACAACUCUAGCGAGUCCGACACCACGCCCGUUGUACUCCGCCCUCGUGGAGCUUAG